AUGGCAUCCAUCCGCGUCGGAGGAAACGGCGAUGAUGCUCCUCUCUUCGACAGUUUGGCCAAGCUCUAUAUCUCUGUGGCCAUCAUCUGGACGACUGCUCUCUUCGUCGGCUCCGCCUUUCUCAUUGCCAAUCGCCAUGAGCAAUGCAUUCGCAUUCGCAACCUGCCACUCGCACUGAGCGCGGUGUCAUGUCUCCAUGUCUACUGGAUUCUGUGCAUGGUCGCAUAUUCGAUGGGUGGCAAGUAUCCCUGUGCCGCGGAAUACUGGAUCAUGAGCAUCUAUCUGCCUCUAGGAAUCGCUCUUUUCCAAGCCAACAGCAUGCAGCUCCUAAGCGUCUUCGGUAUUCAGGAGAAGAUGCUAUUUAACGCGCAGCAACCGUACAGACCGCAUUUCAUCGAUCGUGAAAAAUCUCCUCGCCGAAACUUGUUUCGAUGGAGACAGUUGAACCUCGUCCAACGAACGGAAUUGUGCAUUGUUGUUGGGUUGGUGAUUCAACUCUUUCUGUCGCUCUCUAUCUUCCUCACCUCACGAAAAUUCCAGAGCUUCGGCACCUUUUCCGAACAUGAUUCCUUCGAUUCUCUGGCAAUUGUUCUGGUCUUGGAUAUUUACACCAUGUAUUUUGUGGAAGAUUCGCAAUAUUCACGACAUACACAGCUGGCGGCUCCAGAUCACCUGCUGCGUCAUCGCCGCUUUACCCGGUUCGCCCAUGUGGUUCGCCGCGCUGUAUUCGUCAACCGAAGUCUGGACAGCUAUCAACAGAUACUGGGUGCCGGCUCUCUGGCUGUUACUAUCUUCUUCCCCUGUUAUGAGCUUGUCGUCUCCAGGAGGCAGAGGAAUCGGAUCCUCAGGGAACUCCAAGCGUGGAAUGAAAAGAAGGCAGUCAGCGCGGAUGACUUGGAUUCAGGAGCAUCGCGAAAUCAAAGUGAAGUCAGCCGCGUGCCAGAAGUUUAUUCCCGAGAAGCUCUAGAGAGGUGCUUACUCGAAGACUCGAGCGCCCUUCUCCGAUUUGCCGCGGCCAAGGAAUUCAGCGGCGAGAAUAUUAUCUUCCUGAAUUACGUGCGCGAUUGGAAGGCUUACUGGCGGAAGAUCAAUGAAUCGAAGUCGGAAUACGAUUGGAAGCGCGAUCCUCAGUAUUACCGACUUCAUUUCUUUAAGAUUGCGGUCGAGAUCUACGCAGUGUGCGUCAACCUCGAAACGGCAGAAUUUCCCAUCAACAUUGAAUCUCAGAUUUAUUCGGAUCUAACGGAAAUGUUCGGUGAAGCCGCCCAGUUUAUCGGUCAAUCUACAUCAAGGGAAGCUGUAACAUGCUCCCACAGGAAUGUCCCUGGAUCUUACAACUUGGUGCCGAUGCACAGAAAGAAGUUGUCUACUGUGAUAACAGUGGAGGAAGAUACUCACGCUCUCUGUCUGGAUGCAUAUCGCCACGAGAGCCAAAGUAUCAUAAAUAUCGAGCCUCGUGUUCCGAAUUCUGUUAUCGUUCCUCCGAAUUUCACAGUCUCUGCUUUCCACCAAGCCGAGAGAUCUGUUAAGAGCCUAGUGCUCACAAAUACUUGGCCUAAGUUUAUUAACUCGUCCAGCGACUUCUUAAUUCAUUCUAAAUAA